AUGAAACAAAACAUAUCUAAUCUCAAAGAAAACACACAAAUAGAUCCUCGUUCCUCUUAACAAUCAUUUCAUCUUCUUAAAUCAAAACCUCUCAUAACUUUUACACCAUCAUAAGUAAAUAAACCUUAAAAUCUGAUUCAAUCCUUAAAUGGAUUAUCCAAGUACUUUAAGAAAUAGGAUGAUUUCAAGAUGAUUAAUUAUUUUGCUCCAAACACCAUUUAAAGAUCCUCUGCAUCAUUAUCCCCUCGAUAAAUCAUCUCAAUUAACCUCUCUGAUAAUAGUCCUGUAAUGAUGAAGCAACUGCUUCGUAGCUAAAAUUAUCUAAAAGAGAAUCUAAAUCCAAAAGAUGGAAGAAAUAUAACAGAAUUUAAAUCAGAUAAAAAAUUGAAUAAAGUCAAUGAUACUAGUAGCAUGGAUAAAUUUGGGAUUAUUUAGAAAUCCAGAAUUGCAUCUGUUCAGUAUAAUGAAGAUUGGAAAUUAAAAUAUGAAGAGUUAUAAGAGAGUUUAUGUUAACGUAUUCAGUAAUUAGAAAAUGAAUUAGAAAACAUGGAAAAGAAUAGAAAAAUUGACAGGAUGCAUUCAGAUGAAUUAACAAAUUAAUACAUUGAGCAAUUACAAUCUAUUAUUGCAGAAAAAGAACAAGUUAUUCAUUAAAUGGAUUAAAAGCAUUAAGAAUUAGAAUAAAUAAUUCAAAAGUAAUAAGAGGAAUUUCAAAAAUAUAAAUAGGAUUAAUUUUGUGACAAUCUCGAAAUUAAAAGAUUGUACUUAAUAGAUAAAUAGUUUCAUAUAUUAAAAUAAUAAUUACCUGUAUUGGCAUCUGCUCUUAGAAAAAUAGAAUAAAUUUUAGACACUUCAUAAUUAUAGUUAAAUGAUCUGUCAAUGUCAUCUAUUUCUUUGUUUGAGAUUAUAAAUGACAUUAAUGAAAUGAAUCAAGGAAUACAAUAUAGCAUAGAAAAUUAAAAUCUUGUCUAUGAGUAAUUGAAUUGCUUGGUAGAAAAUAGAUCCCUUAAAUUCUCCAAUAUUUUAUAUAAAAAUAAACUCUAGUGA